AUGUUCGCCCGCGCCUCGACCCUCCUCACCGCCGCCCUCCUCGCGAGCACCGCCCUCGCCGCUCCCUCCGCUGUCUACGACUACUCGCAAUGCAACGGAGGUGAAAUCCAAUGCUGCAAUAAGGCUCAGAGCACCAAAGCGCUCGAGUGGACUACCACUCGAUUGAUUGGGCUUUUGGGGUUGGAUUUGAAGGGGAUUACGGGUCUUGUUGGGACCGAGUGCACGGCGAUUAAUGUGGCUGGUGUUGGUGGUGGAUCGAGUUGCACGCAGCAGAAGGUGUGCUGCACGAAUAAUAGCUUCAGUGAGUGA